UUGCAGCCCGGUUGGGUGUGUGGUGGUGGGGCUGGGACGGGGCUGUGCCAGCUCCAAAGCUCUUCCCAAAUAAGUGGGCUUGUGAAGCUAAACUGUGUUUGCGGGAUCCAGCAAGGUGACGGCAGUAAGAGCAGCUCAGCGCUGAACUGGGGGCAGCUCGGCUGACAUGGAGAGACCCAUCCCUGGCCAGGAAACCAUGCCGACUGACACCGAGCCCUCCAACACUGUCAAAAUGCUGCACCUGGUCUUCCUCUCGACCUCCUGGGGAAUGCAGAUCUGGGUGACGUUUGUGGCUGGGUUCGUGAUGGGCAGCCACCUCCCUCGCCACACCUUUGGCUUCAUCCAGCGUGAGCUCUUCCCCUACUACUUCCACAUCAGCUCUGCUUGUGCCUUCCUCAACCUGACUCUAUUUGCCAUGUACCACCCCAGCGAGCUGCUCAGCGACGAACAAACUACCCAGAUCAUCAUCUUCUUCAUUUGUGUCGCUGCAUCUGUGCUGAACACACAGUGGUUCGGGCAGGUCACCUCUGACAUCGUGGCAGACAUGCACCUCAUCGAGCGCAGCCACGGCCUCGGCCAGGAGGUCGGGCUCUUUACCAGCAAGGCGUGCAGGCAGCUGCGGGCCUCCAACCUCAGCUAUGGGCUGCUGGCCAAGCAGUUCAUCCUCUACCACACCCUGUCCCUCCUCUGCAACCUCUGCUGCAUUGCGUGCAAUGGCUGGAGCUUGUACUACUUGGCUGCCCAUCUCUCUACCCUGUGAGAGCAGGACACCACAAGGUGAAGGCUGGCCGGCCAGAACCAUCACACAGCCAUCCUGCUGCCUUGUUGUAAAGUAACACUGAGCUUCGAAGAUUAAAUUUCAGCGUCCUCAGGUGGAGACACUGUGAACUCUCUUUGUGCAUGGUGCAGAAAUUUAGGAAUAGCAAAAUGGAAAUGCUUUCUUUAGAGCUGUCUAAAUCCAGCUCUGGAGUGAGAAAAAUCCUCCGUGAUCUGAGCAGAGUUGUUUAGGGCUGAACAGCUUUUUAAUGUCCUGUGCAUGAGAUGUAUCUACAACUGCAGUGUAUUUCACUGCAUUCGCAGAGAGAUUGCAGCAGAGAGGGAAAUG